CCUACAUUGCAGUAGCGGACGCCCAGUUUGCUAGUUAGGUCUGUGUCAGCCUGUUUGCCACUAUGUCUGACUGCUUUUAAUGAUGUUUACACCGUUGGACGAUCUUUUUUAAUUUAGUUUAGUGUGACAUAAACUUAGGUGAUUUAAUUAAUGUGAAACGCUGAUACGUGUACAAUAAAUGGUAUUUUACAACGAUUCAUUGAAAUGAACUUAACCUAAAAUCGUGCCGUGAUCUUGCUGCAAUCCUAGUUGUCGCUCUAAGUAUAAAACGCGGAGUAGGUUUAGUAGUGUAUCAGCCUUCAAAUAUCCGAAGGAUGCUGCACAAUUAAAAAUGGGACGAUGUUUACUACCAGAAGCACCCUGUUGCUUACGUGAAACAUUUUGAGGAACUUUUUGUGGAACGAUUUUGUAAGUUAAAUGGGUUGCAAUAACAUUACUUCCUGAUGCUAUCCCAAAAUGUAUUUGUCUAGACCAACCUAGUUACAUGACUGGAGUAUUACCGCCUAAAAAAAGAUAUCCAAUUGGUAGAGAGCAAGAACAAUUAGUACAUGAGCAGGAAGUGUCUCAACAAGCUAAGAGAGACCGAAAAGAGCGGAAGUUGUACUCUGAUGACUGGACGCUCGGAGAUGAAGACAUUGAAGGUCGCAGGGCAUUCAGCUUACAAGAGAAACUUGAAUCGAAAAAGUUUCCCCAGUGUUUCGCCAAAGAAAUGCAAGGAAGUGACUUGACAUUAGCAUACCUUCAGCGCCAUGGGUUUAACACUCCUCUGCUGUUCAAGGAGAAAACAGGUCUUGGUUUACAAGUACCUAGUCAGAAUUUCACGGUCAACGAUGUACGAGUAUGUGUUGGAUCAAGAAGGCAGUUAGAUGUCAUGGAUGUUAACACACAAAAGAAUUUUGAGAUGUCAAUGAAGGAGUGGCAACGAUAUUAUGAAGAGGAAAAUAAGGAUCGGUUGCUGAAUGUGAUCUCAUUAGAGUUUAGUCAUACUAAGCUAGAAAACUUUGUGCAGACACCAAGCAUUGUUCGCCAGAUUGACUGGGUGGAUUGUGUUUGGCCCAAACAUCUCAAGGACAUGCAAGUGGAAUCAACCAAUGCCAUUGAUGACAUGAUGUACCCUAAAGUUCAGAAGUACUGCCUUAUGUCUGUCAAGGGCUGCUAUACUGAUUUUCAUAUUGACUUCGGUGGGACCUCAGUGUGGUAUCAUAUUCUAAAAGGCAGUAAGGUUUUCUGGCUGAUUCCACCCAAUGAGCAUAAUAUCACUCUCUAUGAGCAGUGGGUGUUGUCUGGUAAGCAAGGGGAUGUAUUUUUCGGUGACACAGUGGAGAGAUGUGGUCGGGUGACCCUCACAGAGGGAAAUACAUUUUUUAUCCCAACCGGUUGGAUACAUGCAGUUUACACACCUAAAGACUCUUUAGUUUUUGGUGGGAACUUUCUCCACUCAUACUGCAUCGACAAGCAGCUGCGCAUUGCACAAGUCGAAGACACCACUCACGUGCCACAAAAAUUUCGCUACCCAUUCUUCACAGAGAUGUUAUGGUAUGUCCUGGAGAGAUAUGUCUACUUUUUAUUGGGGAAUACUCACUUGUACGAUGCUCAGCCUAACCCUGCCUACCCUAAUCCGGAGCACAUACACCUCACUCCACAGGAGUUGCAAGGCAUUAAAGCUAUUGUCGGAUACCUACACUCACUGCCACAAAACAAGAAAAAUGUACCAGACCUUAUAAAAGACCCAAUAGCUCUGAUAAAAGAUGUGCGGACAUUGGUUGAACAACAUCGACAUGAUAAUCAUCAGCUGGCAUCUACAGGCCGCCCAAUCCUGCUGUCUAUGGCUGACAAACGCAAGAACUAUGAGCGCCAGAUGAAUAUUGUGAAGAAUUUGUCAAACCACAGUCCAGUAGGAAAGAUGCGACCUGGGUUUAUGCGUGGAGCCAUGACAGGCAACAAGAUACAUGCGGGCCACAUCAGCACGGGGCCUCGCCGCCGACGUACACGAUGUAAGAAAUGUGAGGCCUGCCAACAAAGUGACUGUGGUGAGUGUGCGUUCUGCCAAGAUAUGGUCAAGUUUGGUGGGCCUGGGCGUGCCAAGCAGACCUGUAUCAUGCGUCAAUGUCUUCAGCCAAUGUUGCCAGUGACCGCAGCAUGUGCGUCUUGUGGACUGGAUGGAUGGGGCCAGCAGCUUGUCAUUCCAAUUCAGAAGACCAACAAAGAAGUGCCUAGUAGUCUGAUGGAAUGCAGUGUCUGCUAUGAGAUUAUUCAUCCUGAAUGUGUAGCAAAAUUGUGCCCUGAUGCUGAUGGAAUGGUCAAUGAAGAUUUGCCUAAUAGCUGGGAAUGUCCUAAGUGCUGCAGAGAUGGCAAGAAUUUAGAGUACAAGCCAAGGCAUUUCAGAGCUCGACAGAAGUCAUCAGACAUUCGACGAAUGUCGUGCAGCUCAGACAACAGCUCUGGUCGUCGAGAUCGAAUUGACGUUGAUUCAGAUGGCUCCAGAUCCAGCAAUGACAGCUACUACGAUGCCUCCAUUGAAAAUGAUUUGCCACCUAUGAAGCGUAGCAAAAGUGAAACCGAUGACAACUCGGUCAUGGGGCGCUGGUCUGGUGAUAAUAUGGGAGAUCAUCAUCACCACCACCAUCACCACCACAUGAAUGGAGCAUCUUCUGUAAAACAUGGCCAGAGUUUGGAUGAUCUAUCAAGCAACCAUGAGCCACGUAAAUCGGACCUUAGGACUCAGCUCGCCUACCAACUAAUUGGCAACUCCAAUAAACUGCUUCGAAGACCUGUUUAUCCUGUUAGACCAGCAGGGAUCAAACCUAACGGUCCUUCCCUAAUGGUGAAGCCUCAGAACACAGGUCCUGUAGUGGAGAGAACAUGUCUACUCAACAUAUUCGCUUAUCUCUCUCCACUAGAUCUUGCACGCUGUGCGUUAGUUUGCCGUGCAUGGUCAAAUGUGAGCGGUGAUCCGAGCCUCUGGAAAAAAAUGGAUGUGUCAGGGAAAAGACUGUCUGGGGCGUGUCUAAUGAAUAUCGUAAGAAAACAACCAGAAACACUGAUUCUGGAUUGGACCCCGAUCGCUAAGAGACAGUUGACAUGGCUGGUGGUGCGGCUACCUCAGAUGAAGGAGUUGUCGCUGCAGGGUUGCUCUUGGUUAGGUGCUUCGGCUCUACGCACCUGCACUUGUCCUCCCCUCACUUCACUGGAUCUGAGCUUUGUGACAGGCCUAAAUGACGCCUCACUUCGAGACUUAUUGAGCCCCCCACCCGAUUCCCGCCCUGGACUAGUAGACACUAAAUCACGGUUAAGACAUUUACACACCCUCAAGCUAGCCGGAUGCGAUCUGUCUGAUGUGUCAUUGCGUUACGUAGUGCAAAACUUACCUAAUUUGUCUACAUUAGAUAUGUCAUCAUGUCCACGCUUGACGGAUGCAGGAGUUGCUCAGUUAGCCACACACCCUGCCUCGACCAUCUUCACCUUGACCUGCUUGGAUCUGGCAGGGUGCCGACUGCUCACAGAGACAUCCUUAGAAUAUCUUAGUCGCUGCCAUUCCCUACAAAGGGUUGACCUUCGUCACAUUGUCCAGAUCUCAGCAGAAGCUAUUGAGAAAUUUGCUUCUUCAAAAAGUGGGCUCACAGUUACUGAUGAAAAACUAAUAGAAAAAGAUAGUAAAUAAGUGAACAAAAUUAAAUAACUCGAUACAUUUUUGUAAGGUGUUUUUGGAAACGUUAAACCUACCAAAUGAUCUGAAAAAUGUAGAGGCUUUAAUUUUUUCUAUUACUGUUUUUUAUCUUUCUUCUUUAUUUUUUACAGUAAUUAAACUGUAAGUACCUCAACUGAUGUAUCUGAGACAAGAAGCACCAUCUGUUGUAAUGUCGUGUGUUUGUACUGGUGUAAACUUCGUGCACUAUGUUCCAAGCUAAAAUGCAUAUCUAUUAUAUUAUAACAUUUAGUACAAGUAUAAAUAGGUGAUGUUUGUAUACUUAUUCUAUACGACUGAUGACGGUAUACGUUUUCUACCGCUACAUUAACUAUGAACGACGUAUAAUUUAUAUUGCUCCCUUAUUUGAUAGUUCGCUGGUUUUAUUCGAACUGUUGAAAACAUAUAGGCUGUUACAAUUGCAUUCUAAUUUAUCAGUCACAUAUUGUAUUUAACCAUUUAUUUAAAUAAAUGCAUGAAAAACACAGAUAAAACAAAAUGUGUUUCGAUCCUGCUUUAAGAAAAAUGGGAUCUAAGGAAAACACACCCAGAAUACUUGAAGUUCUAUUUGUGAUAUUGUAACCAUGUUUUUGAAACUUGUAUGAGUUUCGUUGUUAUAUAGUUUAUAUGUUAUAGUUCUUUAUUUAUGUUUAUUUCCUUUUUAGUUUUAAUUAUUAAAUCAGUAGCAUAAUCAACUCAAAUGAACCGCUAUAGAGUAAUUUUUAAAUUUAUUAACAUAAAUAUGUAGUUUCAUUUUAUUUGAAUUUUACCAAAAUUGAAGCCAACAUUUAAUUAUAUUUACACAAUGAUAUUGUAUUCAACUUCUAGUCAGACUUGAGGCUUUUUCACAAAAGAUGUGGCAAUCAGUCAUAUUGUACUCUGUUUUAUGUCCAGUAAGAUACUUGAGGCUUUUUCACAAAAGAUGUGGCAAUCAGUCAUAUUGUACUCUGUUUUAUGUCCAGUAAGAUUGUACAUUUUAGAAACAGUUUUAUAAGCCAUGUAAAUCAAUCAAUAAAAACUGUAGUGACUGCAGUGGUUAAUUCUAGCAAUAAAUGAUCUAACCUGCUCUUCCUCAAGAUAAGAGUAAAUCAACAACACUGAUCUCUGGCAUACAUGACAUUUCGUUGUUUUUUAUAAUAAAAAUAAAUUAAAAAUAUUUAUUUGUGUUUAUAAUAGGUUAGGGUUUGAAAUACAUACAGAAAAUUACAUCAUAAAAAUUACCACAAAAAAAUGUAAAACAACAAUUGUCUUUUUGUUAGUAAACUUAUGUUAGAGAGAGAGAGUUGUAGAAGAUGACUAAAAAUAUUAUAUAUGCAUCUUGUUAAUUCAUCAAUAAAUGAACUAAGCAAACUUAGGUAAAUUCAAUUGUGGCUUCAAGUUCCCUACUGAGCUCCUGUAAUGCAUGUGUUACUUAUAAGAAGUAGUAUUUGUCCUCUUCUUAAGGUGUAAAAUCUUAAAUUAUAAGAUAUAAUAUUACAAAUCAUGCUAAAAGGUUGUACGUUAAAAACAUACACAAAUACUUGAAUUCAGCACUGUCAGGUGAAGCAUAAACAAAAACACAACACUGAUGUACCGUUGAAACACGACUCCAACAUUACAGCAGGCAAGUUGUGUCUGAACAGGAAGGCUACGGUUUAACCCUCAUCAUCACACCAGCCUAAUUUAGUGGCUUGCCUGCUUCCAUCAAAGCCAACAUAGGACAAUAUAGUACAAGUGUGCAGGAAGGAGGAAUGUGUUACCAUUUAGUUAUCUCUUUUUCUGGAUUUUAUUGUGUGCCUUGAUUUUAUUGGUGGGGUUUCUUUAAUUUUUGAAUUUGUUUAGGUUUCCUGGUUAGUUCUUUUUUAAUUAUUAAUAGCCAGUGACAUCAGCAGAAGAUAAAUUUAGUGAUUGACCUGCUAAUUUUGGGUAUGACGCUUCAAGUAAUUAUCAUUAAAAAAUUCUCUUUAUGAUGCAUUACUUUAGCUUCAUGCUACUUUAUGUUAUGAUGUUUAGCAACUAUAUGUAUGGAAGAUAUAUAUAUCUCCUAUCACAAGAACACAUAUUACUUUAUGCAGUUUCUUGAGUCUUAAUUUUCAUCAUGUGUUUUAUUUUUUGCGAGACUUUGCCAAAGAGUGCUUCAAAUGCUGCUCUAUAAAUUUAUGUUUUCUGCCUACUCUCCUUACCUUCUCAAAUUAUUCCAGCACAUAUCCAUUUAAAGUUUUCUUAAUUUUAAUUUUUUGACUCAGAUGUUGUAUAAUAUUUCUUUUUUUGCUUAUUUAUGACAGACUGAGGGCAUAUAUUCUGUAUAGGCUCCAAUUCUACUUUUUUAAAAUUAAUCUUUCCUUUUAGGCCAUAAUUGAACAAGUUCAUUGCUCUAUCAAAUAAAGAGUAUACAUCUGCUUCUUUGAUAGAUAUUUUAUGGAAUGAUUGGAAAUUUACAACUGACUCCUGUACUUUCAACACGCUCCUUCUCAAGGACGUUCCUGUCCAUUACUAAAUAUACACAACCAAAAAGGAGAGUAUAUUAAGGACUUCUAACUCUGUGUUAAGCAAAUAGAUUGAGAAGUGGUGAUAUUUAUUUAAAUCAGAAGUUUAUUUAUUUUGUGUCUUCAUGAGGACAAUUCAUAACAGAUAUUCAAGACAACAAAAGUUCAUCCUCAUAUUUCCACCAAAUCUUUGGUUUGAAUUGAGUGAGAAACCAGGGCUUUUUACUUGAAUUCUUCCAUGACAGUAUUGACAAAAGUGUGUGAUAGAGGAGAUCCCACAGCCAUUCCCUCAUCUUGAUGAUACAUUUGACUCACUAGUUUAAAAUAGUUCCAUUUAAUGCAUAAUUCUAAAAGUUCCCUUAUUAUAGAGACCGGAAGUUUAGUUCUCUCGUUUAAUAUUCUAACUUCUUUUAAUCCAGAUUUAUUCAUUUUAAGUGUUUCGGGAACCGGUAAAUUAAUGAACAGACUUUCAACGUAAAAUCUACAAAGUUUCAACCUAUUUCUAAGAGUUUUAUUCCCCAACAAAGUCCUGCAAGUGUUGUUAAUAUGCUCAAUGAAACUUGAUUAGGAGAUUUGAAGAGUUGUAACAAAAACUUCAUUGUUUUGAAAGAAUUUGGUUACUUUGCACUCUAAGAUAUCUGUUGCAUCUUGUUCAGCACAACAUACUUGCUAAUGUUGAAAGCAUCCAUGAUUCUUUGUAAGUUAUUGUUUUAAUACAAGGGCUAUCCAGAAAGUAACAGACGUUUUUGAAUGAAUAACAGCGCGUUCUGUAUCUGUUUGACUUUUUUCACUGUAAUUAAUUAAAAUGUGUGCUGCAAUUGAAAAUCCCGCCACUUGUGAAGUGCAUUCAGUGAUAAGGUUUUUGUUGACAAAAAAACUAUAAUCAAUUGUAAUCUAUCGCCAACUGUGUGAAGUUUAUGGACAUGGAAUAAUGAGUGUAAGCAGAAUAAGGCAGUGGUGUAUUGACUUAAAAAAUGGCCACUCCAAUGUUCAUGAUGAUAGUCGUAGUGGAGGCCUUGCGUAGUGACUGAAGAUUUGAUGUUGAAAUUCAAUGACAAAGUUCGUGAGAAUCGCUGUUUUACAAUGACUGAACUCUUGGAACAUUUCCCACAAAUUUCAUGAAGUUUACUUUCCUUGAUGAAUACGACAAACAUGGUAACGAAGUUAUCGAUCAUAUCAUUACUGGUGAUGAAACAUGGGUGAAGCAUGUCAGUUGUGAUACAAAAAUGCAGUGUAUGGAAUUGCAUACACAUUCUCAAAAAAAAACCAAGAAAAUGUCUCCAAACUAUGCGAGAAGGAUUAUGGCAACUGAUUAUUGGGAUACUAAGGUUGUGAUUCUGGUUGAUUUCCUUGACUGACCAUCAACAAUCAAUGCACAGAGGUAAUAUGAAACAUUGCAGAAGCUACAGCAAGCAAUACAAAAUAAGCAUAGGGGAAAAUUUACCUCAAAAAGUUUGUUUUUCCAUGACAGUGCAUGUCCCCAUACACACAAGUCUUGGAUGAUUUUGAUUGGGAAGUGUUUAUCAUCUGCCGUAUAGGCCAGAUCUGGCACCAAGCGACUACCACCUUUUUCCAGGGAUGAAGACAUGGCUCGAAACGCAGUGCUUUGAUAGUGAUGCUGAACUUCACGCUGGUGUUAAUCAGUAGUUAAGAUGUCGGUCAGCAGAUUUUUACAAAGCUGGAAAUGAAACACUUGUGUCACGUUAUGAUUAAUGUCUCAAUUUGAAUGGAGAUCACGUUGAAAAUAGCCUAAGAGUGUAGCUUUUAAAUGUAUGUAAUAAAAUGUUCCUAUUUCAGUUUGUUAAUUUUUUAUUUCAAAACGUCUGUUACUUUCUGGAUAGGCCUUGUAUAACAUCUUUUUGUUCAAUGAUAAGAUUUUUACUGUAUCACCAUCUUCAAGGAAAUAACACUUUUGAUUUACUUUUUAGUAAGAUUGGAUAUUAAGAAAAGAAAUUCGCUCAUCAAGAGAUCCUCACACUGAAACCGGUCACUCUGUUGUCACUGAGUUUUUGCUACUGGACAGGCAAAAUCAUUUUUUAAAGAUUUUUAAAAUGUUUUUUUAAAUUGUUGUAUGUGUUACAUUGAUGUAGUAACAUAUAAUGAUGACAAUGUUCAUACUCAUGUUAUCCUUUCAUAAGAUUUAUUAAGACACCAUGUUUAGAAAGCUCUGGGCCGGUAUGGUAUAUAAAAAAGUAGUUUUUUCUAAAUAACUAAAAGCAAUACCACUCUAUGAACAUUACAUUUAUAUUGCACCUAAAGAUUUCAUCACUUACAAAAUAUUACUGUGGAACACUCAAUAAUUAAAGUAAAAUUGCUACCGAAAAAGGUAGUUAGAACCAGAAACUAUUUUUUAAAAAACCAAACUAAAAUGAAAUUGGCACACCAAUAAUUAUGCCUACAAAAUAACAUUGUUUUAGCUUAUAAUGGUUUACAUCCUAACACAAUGUUUUUAUAUAUUGCUUAUACUUUUCUGGAGUUUUACCACAGCAAAGAGUUUGCCAGAUAUGGUGCAAAGUAAACACAAUAAGAAAGUUAAGGUUUGUAUUAGCUUUUGAGUGAAAUACCUCUACAAUCAUACAGUGAUUAUUUCGAAAUAUAUAUUUAGAUUAUCUUCAUCUUUUGCCUUAUAACCAAAACUCUUGUAAUAACUGUUGAAGUUCAGCUCUUUACCUUAGCUUGCUGAUAAAACAUGAAUACAUUUUAGAUUAAGAGGAAAUAAAUAAAUGUAAGCAAUUGGUUAAAAAACUAUAUAUAUGUAUAAUAUAACAGCAGGUUUGGAGUAUACACAAGUAUAGAAUGUUUUAUUUGGUUAAUGUGGUAAAUAAGCAUAAAUAUUUUAAUACAUGAUGUAAAAUUAUAUAAUUUUAAAACAGCUCUGGUUGUCCACUGUUCAAGUUACUUUAAAUGUAUAGUGUGUACAUAAUUUUAUCAUUUCUCUUUAGUAUUGAAGAGUAAGCUGUUGGUAUCUAUCUGUAUAUAUGUAUGAAACAGACAAAAGUGAAUAAAAUUUCAGCUUUUUAUGUCAUCAAAAUGAUCUUGGGACCAUUAUAAUCAUCAGAACCAAUUUAUCAUGUUUAUCAUGCUUUAUCUUUAAUAUUAUUGAUCAAACUUAAAAACCUUUUUUGUUAGGUACUUCCCAAGAAGGUUAAGAGUUUUUCUGAACGUAAUAAUUACAUACCGCUAGAGUAGUAAUACUGAAGUAAGUUACAAGCUAUGGAUGCUCUGUGAGCUCAGGAGGCAACCAAAGAGGUUCUAGGAGUUCUUGUUAGUUUUGCAAUGGUAUUGUCAAGUAACCUGUGCCUCAAUCAGCAGCAAAGCCAAAGAAACUAUCAUCUUAAAUAAUUGGGUAAAGAAAGCAAUAAUAGAUAGAUUGUGGUGAACUGAGUGAUAAUAACAAUACCAUAACAUGUCUACAUAUUUAUCAUAUUUUUUUAAUCAGUUCUUAAUUUGAUAUUUUCUUAUAUUCUCUGUGUUUUAUACAGACAGGUGUCUCAAAAUGAAUACCAGGAUUUUAAGGAUUUAUAUACAACAUUAUAUAUGAUGGAGCAAAUCAAACAGUUUUUUCUUCUAUAAUAGUUUAAAGUGAGCACCUUUUGUUUGUGAGCACACAUCUAGUUAAUAAACAAGUUAUUCCAAUAAGCUUAUCACUUUCUGGUGUAAUUUUUGCAUUAGUUGCUUCAAUCCUGUUUCUUGAAUUGAAUAGGUCAGCUGGCAGCUGAUUCUUUUUCUUUAUGAAACCCCAAGAUAAAAGACACAUGAUAUCAGAGCAGGUGAAUGUGAAAACAAUGCAAAAUAAGACUGUCAUCUGGCCCCCAGUGAAUACUCCAUCAGUUGGGUGUAAUGUCGUAUAAUCUAUUCCGUUAUGCCAGUGAGACGGUGCACCAUCUUGCCAAAUCCAGUUUUCUAGUUCUUCUUUAUCCAAUUGAGGAUAGGGUUGUAUCACAUUAAGAUGAAAAACACCAGUUACAGUUAAAUCACCGAAAAAGAACAACCUUUGAGGAAUCUCGUUGCAACUUCACCACUUAGUGGAGAUUUUCCGACCCCUACUUAAAGGAUACCCAGACUUUGCAUACAGUAAAACAACAAAAUCUUUCUGUUCAUUAGUUGCUAUCUUUACUGCUAUCUUUUAUCAGAAAAUAGUGGAAACAAUACAUACUUGUCAAAAUGAUAAAAAAAUAUUACAAAACCUUAAAAUCCCUAUAUUCAUUUUGAAAUUCACAUAUAUACAAAAAUUGUUAGUAGUUUUGUACACACUUUAAUCCAAGCUCCAGCUUGGGAUAGGUGCUAAGUUAGUUGAAAAAGAGCUGAUUAUCUCUGGUAUAGUUGCUCAUUACCUGUGGCUCACUCCAGCUCCAGCAUUUAUAACUGACUAUGAAAUCUCAGAAGAUAUACAUAUUGGUAUUUUGAUUAAUAAGAGUCAAAUAAUUAGGUAAUGUUUAACAAACAAGACUUGUGGUUUCACACUUGUGAUAACAAAGAAAGAGAUAAAAAUGUUUCUGUUACCUUUUAAGACCAUUCAUUACUUACCUUUUCAGACAACCUUGAUAAUUGUUCAAUAACUAAUAUAAUAACUGCUUAAUUCCACUGUAAUUCAAUCCAGGAUCUAAAUGUAUUAUCAGGUUUUUCAUGUACUUGUAAUUUAUCUAUUAUUAAAAAAAUGAAAUAUAUCAAAAUAUGAGGUAGAGAAAAAUAGUUUCUUAAACCAACCUUUAACACUUUUGGAAUUUUAUGCUGCAAUGUUUUCAUUUCAUUUAUUCCUAAUGUUUAUUUAUAACACCUGAAAGGUGAGAGAGAUGUUUGAAACAAAGUGCAAAAUAUGAUGCUACUUACAUGCUGCUCUAAAAUUUACAUUUCAAAAUCUGGAAACUAAACACAAACAUCUGUUCUGUCUUUAAUGGCAGAAACAAAACAAAAAUACUAAAUGACUGUGUUUUCUCCAUCAAUGCAGUUGGAAGAGAAGGCCACAAUAUCGGGCAUUUUAUUCUCUACCUCGUAUUAAGCAGAUUAUCAAUAUGUGAGCUUCUAUUGUAAGUUUGGUACUUUCUAAUAAAUCAGUUAUAGUUACAA